AUGCUUCAGAGUAACAAUACAUCGGUUGACAUAUGGGUGGAUAGCAUCUCAUUGCAACCCUUCACCGAAAAGCAAUGGAUGUCUCAUCAAGAUCAAGCCAUUGAAAAGACCCGAAAGACUAAGGUAAGAAUCCAGGCAGUGGAUAGUCAAGGAAAACCCUUAUCUAAUGCUAAAAUCUCAAUAAAACUAAAGAAAGCAAGUUUCCCAUUUGGCUGUGCUAUAAACAAAAAUAUCCUCUACAACAACGCCUAUCAAAACUGGUUCACUUCCAGGUUCACAGUGACAGUAUUUGAGAAUGAAAUGAAGUGGUAUAGCACUGAACCCUCGCAGGGCAAAGUGGACUACUCAGUCCCUGACGCCAUGCUUCAGUUCGCCAAGAAGAACAAUGUACUGGUCCGAGGCCACAAUGUGUUCUGGGAUGAUCCCAAGUAUCAGCAAGGAUGGAUCAAUUCACUCUCUCCAACCGAUCUUUCCAAGGCCACCACUGAUAGGAUCAACUCUAUCAUGUCAAGGUACAGAGGGGAAGUCAUUGGCUGGGAUGUUGUUAAUGAAAACCUGCACUUCAAUUUCUUUGAGAGCAAAUUAGGGCAAAAUGCUUCUGCAGUUUUCUAUAACUUGGCUCAGAAGAUUGAUGGAACUUCGACGUUGUUCUUGAACGAAUACAAUACCAUUGAAAAUGCUAGAGAUGGUGAUUCUACACCGGCUAAGUACCUGCAAAAGCUGAGAGAUAUUAAGGCAUUUCCUGGUAAUGGAAAUUUGAAAUUGGGGAUUGGACUCGAAUCCCAUUUCAGUAGUGCUGCUCCAAACCUUGCUUAUAUGAGGGCUUCCAUUGAUACACUUGCUGCUACCAAUUUCCCCAUUUGGGUCACAGAAUUAGAUGUUCAAAGGGGCCCCUAUCAGUUGCAGGCACAAUACUUGGAGCAGAUUCUAAGGGAGGCACACAGUCACCCGAAAGUGGCAGGAAUUGUGAUCUGGUCAGCCUGGAAACCGCAGGGAUGUUACAGGAUGUGUCUGACAGAUAACAAUUUCAAGAACUUGCCCACUGGUAAUGUAGUUGACGAGCUGUUGGCUGGGCGGAUUGCUAUCAAGUCCUCGGCUGGCAGGACAGAUGGAAAUGGCUUCUUCGAGGCGUCCCUUUCCCAUGGACUUUACAGUGUGAAAAUUCAUCACCCAUCUGCAAAAAAUUCUUCUUUGGUUCAAAAGCUUAAUGUGGUCUCAAGCACUGGUGCAGAUAACCAAACAUUGCUUAUGCGAUUUGCCGCCUGA